AUGUCCAGGAAGAAGAUCCCCAGGAGCAAGGGGGCCAGCGCGCCUGCCGCCAACGGGCCCCUGCCGGUGCGCCCCGGGACCGUGCGCCCCGGCUCCGAGGCGCCGCUCAACGGGCCCCUGCAGCCCGGCCGGCCCUCUUUGGGCGGCGGUGGCGACUUGUACGACGUCGCCUUCAAGGUGAUGCUGGUGGGCGACUCGGGCGUGGGGAAGACCUGCCUGCUGGUACGCUUCAAGGAUGGGGCUUUCCUGGCGGGGACCUUCAUCUCCACCGUGGGCAUCGACUUUCGGAACAAAGUCCUGGACGUGGAUGGCAUGAAGGUGAAGCUCCAGAUCUGGGACACGGCCGGCCAGGAGCGGUUCCGCAGUGUCACCCAUGCCUACUAUCGCGACGCUCACGCCCUGCUUCUGCUCUAUGACGUCACCAACAAGGCCUCCUUUGACAGCAUCCAGGCCUGGCUUAGUGAGAUCCAAGAGCACGCCCAGCGCGACGUGGUGCUCAUGCUGCUGGGGAGCAAGGUGGACUCUACCCAGGAGCGUGAGGUGAAGAAGGAAGACGGGGAGAAGCUGGCCGAGGAGUAUGGGCUGCCCUUCAUGGAGACCAGCGCCAAGACAGGCCUCAACGUGGACUUGGCCUUCACAGCCAUAGCAAAGGAGUUGAAGCAACGCUCCAUGAGGGGUCCCAGCGAGCCCCGCUUCCGACUUCAUGACUACAUCAAAAAAGAAGGCCGUGGGGGUGCCUGCUGCUGGCCCUGACCUGGC